GUUUUGUUUUUUUUUUUAAUUUUCCAUUUCUCCCCCCCGCCCCUCUCUUGUUUUUGCCCCUACUCGCUCUCCCAGCUUCAACCAAAAGAAGAGCUUCCUUGGACUUGGAGUACCGAGCAUCAGUUGAAAAUAAAGCCGCUAUCCCACUCUGCCCCUGCUAUUGCGGCGCUGUUAACUGUGAGCGCGUCCCCACACUGCUUUGGAAUAUACGCGUAAAACCAUGGAGAUUAUAUGACGUGGAUUUAUUUAUUUUUUUAAUACUACUAUUAUUAUUAUUUUAAAUUUUCUAACAAAACUGGACACCUACAAUAACGAAGUCCUUCUUCUUUCAUUUCACCAUCGCAUUAUUAUUUUUUGCGUUGUUCUGUUCUUUCAUUUGAUCUGUGGAUGCUUUUUCUUUUAAAUUGAUCAUUAUUAUUUCAUGUCCGUAGCUAUUCUUCUUUCUUUUUAAUUGAUCGAAUCAUUGAUUUGUUUUCCACACUUAUUGUUUCUGGGCUUGAUUCGGACACGCCAAAGUGGGAUGCCUCGCGGAGAACAUUUGUUGGAAGAAGAUUCCGCGCGGCUGCGAGGGUGAAUGAAUGAUAGUAUCCCCUCUCAGUCUGAGACGUGCCAUGGAUGGGAAACUUAAUUUGUAUCAGCGGAACCGAUCGGGGAAUAGCCGUCGCAUCAAAUAACUGCUGCUGACAGCGAUCAGGACGAAUGUCAUAGGAUGAACACUGCUGGUGGGGUGUGUCUGUCUGUGCUGUCCUCUCUCCUGGCUGUGGCUGGGGCCCUGGCUGCCGUGUCUGCCCUCGCUCUAGCUCCUCUCUCUGCCCUGGCUGAGGCUGCCUAUGGGGUUGCCAAUAGCGUCCCCAGCACCGGGGCAGAGGGGGCCCCCUCGCCUUUGUCCUCACCAUGCUCCAGCCUUGUAGCUGGGGUGCUCUAUGGCUCUUUCUCCCUAAGGGAGCUUUUUCCCUCCAGGGCACCGGGUUGUUCCUGGUCUCUGGAAAACCCGGAUCCCACCAAGUACUCCCUCUAUCUCCGCUUCACGCGCCACCCUGUCAUUUGUAGGACACACUCCCCCAUGCUCCUUUCCCUUGACCACCACCUAGCCAAUCAAAGCUGUCCCCUGCACUUACAGACGGCCACAGCCAGAGAUCAGGAAGUCAUCGAUCUUUGUGGCAGCCGCACCAGUUCAGACGGACCUUACUCCUUUCUUCAGUUCGAUAAGAACUUUGUCCAACUGUGUCUAACGAGACAUCCAGCUGCAGAUGAGCCUCAGGUAUCUAAGGAAUUGCUGGAGCUGAGACUGGUAGAGGUGUUACUCAUUAACAACGAAAACUCCAGUCAGUUUACCUGCGGUGUGCUCUGCCGAUGGUUCGAGGAGUGUUUGCGCACUGAUCACAAUGCAGACCAGGAGGUUUCUGAUGGGGAUGGUUGUGGGAUGACCCAGACAGGCUGUAUUUGUCCAAAUCACAACAUUAUGGCACCACCUGUUCCUCUGCUCCCAGAGACACCGCACACUUUCAGUAACGGGUCACUGGCUCCUGAUGACUGUUGCGUCACCGAACUGCAUUCCAAUGAUGCAAUCGCCAUAGCGCCCCGAGACGUACGACAAGACCCGUAUGAUGACGACCUGAAGGUGAAGACCCAAAGACCACGAUCAGCUGACCAGCCAGGUGUGUUUCAGGCACAAACAGGUGACCCAGCAGCGGAGGAAUGGUCGCAGUGGAGUGUGUGUUCUCUGACAUGUGGGCAGGGCUGGCAAGUGAGGACCCGAUCGUGUGUUUCUUCUCCCUAUGGGACACUGUGCAGCGGUGCCCUGCGGGAAACACGCAUGUGCAACAACACGGCCUCUUGCCCAGGUGAACCCGGAAUCACAGGCUCAGUGCAUGGGCUGUGGGAGGAAUGGUCGUCAUGGAGUCUGUGCUCUGUGACCUGUGGGCGGGGCUCCAGGACACGAACCAGGAAGUGCAUGGACGGCAGCGGGGCUGUAGCUUGUGGACGGCCUGAGGUUCAGACCAAACUCUGCAACAUAGCAGUGUGUCCUGUGGAGGGCCAGUGGUCAGACUGGGGGCCUUGGUCGAAAUGCAGCGUGACUUGUGACACAGGGACCGAGCAGAGGCAGAGGCGCUGUAGCCCAUCGGUGCACGGCUGGGCUGAAUGCAAAGGCCCCCAUCAGGAGAGCAGAGAAUGCACCAACCCUUCGUGCUCCGGUGGAGGUAACUGGGGCAGCUGGAACCACUGGAGUCUCUGCAGCAAGACGUGUGACUCUGGAUGGCAGCGGCGCAUCAGGAUGUGCGAGGGCACUGGAUUGCAAGGCUACCCCUGUGAUGGCUUAGGAGAGGAGGUCCGGUCGUGUAAUGAGAAAAAGUGCCCUGCGCCUCAUGAGAUAUGCAAAGACGAGCAUCUCCUCUCGAUGUCAUGGAAGAGAGCCUCAGCUGGAGAAACUGUCUACAACAAAUGUCCAACGAAUGCUACUGGAUCUGCUAGUCGUCGUUGUAUGCUGGACAAUAAUGGAGUUGCUUUCUGGGGUCCUCCGAGCUUCGCCAGAUGCGUCUCACUUGAAUAUAGAUAUUUACAUUUAUCUUUACGAGAGCAUCUCGCGAAGGGUCAGAGGACCCUGGCUGGGGAGGGCAUGUCUCAGAUCGUACGGAGUCUCCUGGAGCUCUUGCAGAGAAGGAGCUACUACAGUGGCGACCUUCUCUUUUCCACGGAGAUCCUGCGAAAUGUGACGGACACCUUCAAAAGAGCAACCUACAUCCCAGCUCCCGACGACGUGCAGAAAUUCUUCCAGAUUGUCAGCCACAUGUUGGACAUUGAAAAUUUAGAAAAAUGGGAGGACGCUCACCAGAUCGCUCCCGGUGCUGCUUUGCUGAUGAGGAUAUUGGAAGAUUUCAUUCACCUCAUUGGAGAGGCCCAGAAGCCUUUUCAGAGUUUUCUAGUGGUUACCAACAACCUCAUGGUAACCAUUCAGAGAGAACCAGUGUCAGCAGUUUCCAGCGAUAUCAACUUCCCCAUGAAGGGCCGGAGGGGCAUGAAGGACUGGGCCCGAACAGCGGAAGAUAAGCUCUACAUCCCGAAAGAGGUUUUCACCAUCCCACCUGAAGAGCAAGAAGCCGAAACAGAAUCUACAAUGUACUAUGUCAUUGGAGCCAUCUUGUACAGGACACUUGGCAUCAUUUUACCUCCAGCGACUCCGCCUGCAGUGAUCAACUCCAAAAUCCUGACCGUGACAAUACGACCGGAACCACAACCCAGUGAGCCCAUGGUGGUGGUGGAGCUGUCACCGCUAUUAAAUGGUACAUCAGAUCCUCAGUGCGUUGUCUGGGACUAUGGAAACCCGGAAGCUGGCGCAGAAAACUGGGGCACAGAAGGCUGCCAAACGCUCGCGUCAACCGCUGUCCAUACCAAAUGCCUGUGCAGCAGAAUAUCCACCUACGCCGUGUUAGCGCAGCAAGCUAAAGACCCGGACAUGGGUCCUACCAGCAUGCCCUCUGUGCCCCUUAUGGUGGGGUGCGGCAUCUCCUGCACCGCUCUGCUCAUCCUGCUGCUAAUAUAUGCUGCCUUCUGGAGGUAUAUCCGGUCGGAGAGAUCGAUCAUCUUGGUGAAUUUUUGCCUCUCCAUCCUGGCCUCCAAUUUAUUAAUUCUGGUCGGACAAUCACAAACGCUUAGCAAGGGCCUCUGUACUGUGACUGCUGCCUUCCUGCAUUUCUUCUUCUUGGCAUCUUUCUGCUGGGUGCUGACUGAGGCGUGGCAGUCCUACCUGGCAGUCAUUGGCAAAAUGAGGUCACGACUCAUUCGCAAGCGGUUUCUGUGCCUCGGCUGGGGUCUUCCAGCCCUUGUUGUAGCAGUGUCAGUGGGUUUCACCAGAGCGAGAGGUUACGGCACAGCCAGCUAUUGCUGGCUAUCGUUGGAAGGCGGUUUGCUUUAUGCCUUUGUUGGGCCAGCUGCUGUCAUUGUAUUGGUGAAUAUGCUUAUUGGAAUCGUGGUGUUUAACAAGCUCAUGUCUCGAGACGGCAUCUCAGACAAGUCUAAAAAGCAGCGUGCUGGUGUCCCAGCGGAGGCACGUAGCCGACUGCUCCUGAAAUGCUCCAAGUGUGGCGUGAUCUCAAGCACCGCUAUGUCCAACUCGACUGCCAGCAGCGCCAUGGCAUCUCUGUGGAGCUCCUGUGUGGUUCUCCCGCUGCUAGCGUUAACCUGGAUGUCAGCGGUCCUGGCCAUAACUGACCGGCGCUCCACACUCUUCCAGGUUCUCUUUGCCGUCUUCGACUCUGUUCAAGGCUUUGUUAUCAUCACCGUCCACUGCGCCAUGCGCCGAGAGGUGCAGGACGCAGUGCGCUGUCGAAUGGGGGGAUGUAAAGACGACAGCGAAAACUCACCAGACUCCUGCAAGAAUGGACAGGUGCAGAUCAUGAAAUGUGCAAAUGUGAGCGCCUGUGGAAAGCAGAGCGGGUCUUUGCGUUACGGCACAUCACUGUGCUUAUCAGGUUGCCACGCACAGCCACUCCCACCAGCGUGCCACCAGACAUCCCAGCAAGGCUGUUACCACAGUCUGACCCAUGGCAACCACAGCCACGCAUUGAGCCAUGUUAAUGAGCAUACCCCCAUCCUCAACAACAACCAUAACCACGCCCAUAAUCACAUCAGCAGCCAACCAACGGAUUUUGAGAAGGACGUUGACUUGGCUUGUCAAACAGAGAGAGGACACCCAUUCAUUUUCAAAGAGGUGAACACCUGUAACCCAGCCACUAUCACUGGGACCCUUUCCCGCAUCUCCCUGGAUGAUGAGGACGAUCCUAAGCUGGCAGCCCAUCAGGAGGGCGGAGUAGGGGUCAACUUCAGCACUCUCCCAGGGAACAUCCCCCCUCCUAACCUUAUUGUACAGGUUCCACCUCUGGGAGGCCUCAAUGAGCUGAGUGAGACCCCCCUAAAGAAGGAAGUGAAUGUGGACCAGCAGAGACAACAGGGGCAGCAACGCGGCGGCGCUCCGAUCUACCUGUGCACCGAGAGUGGCCUGGGCUGGGCUCGACCUCCGGCUUCAUCCAACACCUCCCAGGACGGAAGUGCUGGAAGCGGAGGGGGUGGGGGAGACGGAGGAGAGGGGGGUGGUGGAGGAGAGGGGGACUACAUGGUCUUACCUCGCAGGACAGUCACUUUCAAACCUGCAACACCCUCCUCCCAAGGAGGAGGCCUGGGACUGGGGGGUGAGGACAAGCCUCUCAACAUUGCAGUGGAGGAUCCUCCCUUCCCGCCACCUCCCUCUCCUCUGACCCUUCACCCGGCAGAGAGUGAGGCCUAUCCGGCAGAUUUUGUGCCAUCCAGUGUGGGUGACAUGAACAUCACCAUGAACCUCAACCGCUCCUUUGGGACGAUCAAAACAUUGCCCCAUGGGCAGGGCCACUUGAUGCCUCAGGGUGGUCUUGUGCACUCCCAUGGAGGACAUAUGCAUUCCCAUGGGAAUUCUUUGCAGCUAAAGCCGGGCCAGAGACCUUCAGUCAGACAGAUUCUGACAGGGGGAACAACAGUGGAGAGAACCAGGACCCUGCCACGCAACCUGGGCAGCACCAAUGCCAACACCAGCCUCUCAGCAGGAUCCCUGGAGAGGAAAAGAGUACGGUACUCUGAACUGGACUUCGAGAAAGUGAUGCACACUCGCAAAAGACAUUCUGAGCUGUACCAUGAGCUCAACCACUCGUCCAAGUUCCACACCAUAGACAGGUAUAGCAGGGACCCAGCCAUGUCCACAUUCAAGAGGGAAAAGCGAUGGAGCAUUUCGUCUGCCGGCGGUGAAAAGAACUCAUCGAGUGACAAGUCAACCCCAGAGGACCAAAGCUCCUGGGACAGCUUCAAGACCAUGACCCCCGAGCUGUCCAUCGUGCCCGGGGAGCAGAAAGACCGGAUGGAACUGCACAAUAAAAACUGGGACUCGUCCUCGGCUAACACCCCCGACUCAUCCGAGGGAGACUUCCAGACUGAAGUGUGAAGACACGCAGACGUGUGAAGACACCCACUGAAACAGACACGCUCUCUCGUGCCGAGGUGCAGAUGCACACAGAGACACCGGACUACUGAAAAGCUAUACAUAGGUACACGAGUUCUCUGCAAGGAUCACACACACUCUCUACUACUCCCCGCCUCCCCAUCUCCUGCAAUGUGCUCUGUCGGAUCCCAUAGUGUAUGUUUACUGCUGCAGCGGACAGACAUGGAAAGAAGACUGUUCUACUCUAUAUUUUCGCAAAGACUAUUGAAAAGAAAGAACAGGGGCUUGACAUGUCUGUGACUGAUUAAAAAAGAGAAGAUUUUUAAAUGAACUUUAAAAGAAAAAAGAAAAAAAAACUAUGAGAAACUUAUUUCCGAGAAAUUGUCUUGAUUUUAUUCUGGAGAAGAUAAAAAAAGAUAACCUCUUUCAAUUGUUUCAUGACUUUGAGGUGGGGGUGGGAGAUUUUUGUUUUAUAGCAAGGGGAAAAGAUCUCACUGAGGUUUCUCACACUUGGGUAGCCUCCCCUCCUCCUCCUCCCUUCCAAGGCACCCUGUUCUCAAUUUGCUUUCCCCCUUGAGAAUCAAAUUGGUCAGUCUUUAUCUAUUCCAUUUUUUCUUUUCUUUUUUUCUUAUUUGAACGGAC